AUGAAGGCUACACCACGACGGCAUCAGCAGGUUGCUUCAUCUCCUUUCCUCCGUUCAGGCAGAGCCACCACUGAUUUCGUCCCAGAAGUCAAUCCCUCAAAUCGUGGAGAUGAUUUUGCCACCAAAUCAGCAACGACUCCCAAAUCAAAUCCAGCAUUUAAUCUUGCAAAAUCACAUCCCAAACAAAAGGGAAUUGUGAUUUAUGACAAUCAAGAAGAGGAUGAAGAAUUGAUAAAUGCUGAACUUAAAAGGAAACGUUUUGCUAUUGACAAAAGCAAUCCUGUUAUAUUGGGUCAAAACUUGAUACGUGGACAUGGAAUUGAGAUUUCAUCAAGUGGCAGUGAAGAUAAUAUGGGCCCAAUUGAUGUUAAUGAGAAUAUUGAGUCAAAAAAUGUGAAUGUGGAAGUGGUAGAAAGAAUAAAAGCCCAAUUAAGUUUUGAAGGUUGUUUUUGUGUUGAGGCCCAAGGUCAUAAAGCUGGCAUUGCUUUACUUUGGAAAGUCCAAGAGGAGGUUCGGCUUCUCCAGUACGGUCACAACUUCAUUGAUGCUGAAAUUAUUCAGCAACAUUCAACUCCAUGGCGUCUUACUGGUAUCUACGGUGAGCCAAAUAGGAGCUUGCGGUUCAACACAUGGAAGCUUAUUCAUGAUCUUGCUACUCUCUCUCAACUUCCAUGGUGCUUAAUUGGAGACCUUAACAAUAUUGGAAGCCAAUCCGAAAAGAAAGGAGGCCGACCCUAUCCGGCCGCCCUCAUUUCUGGGUUCCAAGAAGUCUUACAGAGCUGUGAUUUGAUCGAUCUUGAACUCCAGGGACAUCCUUUUACUUGGGAACGUAGCAAAGGUACUUCUAAUAGUGUUGAAAUUAGUCUUGAUAAAGCUCUUGUUUCUCAUGUUUGGCUUCAAUCUUUUCCACAAGCUACGCUCACUAAUGGGGAUUUUUCAUCUUCGGAUCACACCCCCAUCUUUCUUGAACCAAAACCACCUUGGCUGCCAACUAAAAAAUAUUUUUUUCGGUAUGAAAAUUGUUGGAGCCGAGAGCCUCUUUGCUCUCAGCUUGUUGAAGAUUGCUUGAAAAAUAAUGCUAUGCUCACUCUUGCUGAAAGAAUCAAAGCCUGUAGCGUUGCUUUGGAUUCAUGGGGCCACACUCUUACCGGUAAUUUCAAGAAGCGCCUCUCUAAAACACAACAAGAGCUUUAUUGGAAGCAAAGGUCUAAGCAACAUUGGUUACAUGGAGGAGAUAAAAAUAGCAAAUAUUUUCAUGCCUAUGCUAGCAACCGGAAACGUAAUAAUCAAAUCCAUUCUUUGCAAGAUAGCCGUGGUGUUAUGAAGGACUGGGAUUCUGGGCUAGAAACUAAUAAUGAUCUUUUACAGCCCAUCCAAGACGAGGAGGUCAAGCAAGCAUUGUUUCAAAUGCAUCCUGACAAAGCGCCAGAUCCUGAUGGCAUGGGUCCGGGUUUCUAUCAAACUCAUUGGGCUAUAGUUGGUAAGGAUGUUAUUAAGUUUGUUAAUGACUUUUUCAUCUCAGGCAACUUUCCCUCUGGGAUCAAUGAAACUAAUCUUGUUUUAAUCCCGAAGAAGAAGAAUUUCUCUUCUAUGUCUGAUCUUCGCCCUAUUGCGUUAUGUAAUGUUCUUUACAAAGUGGCGGCUAAGGUUCUUGCUAAUAGGAUGCGACAUAUUAUUGAUAAGGUAAUCUCCGAUACACAAAGUGCUUUCAUUCCUGGGCGUCUUAUUUCUGACAAUGUCAUGGUGGCUUUUGAAAUUAUGCAUUACUUGAAAAGAAAAAUGAAAGGGAAAAAAGGCUACAUGGCUCUUAAACUAGACAUGAGCAAAGCCUAUGAUCGUGCUGAAUGGGGUUAUCUUCAUGCUAUAAUGGCUAGAAUGGGCUUUGCUGAUAGAUGGAUAAAUCUGAUCAUGCAAUGUGUGUCUUCAGUCAGAUAUACCAUUGUCCACAGCGGUCGCACUAUUAGACCUAUUGCUCCUACCCGUGGAAUUCGUCAAGGGGACCCUCUCUCCACCUAUCUCUUUAUCAUUUGUGUAGAAGGGUUCUCCUCUCUGAUUCAACAAUCCGAAACUAAUGGCAGUCUGCGUGGUAUUCGUGUUGCUCAUCGUCCUCUUCCCAUUACUCACAUGCUUUUUGCUGACGAUAGUUAUUUGUUUUGCCAAGCUACAAAUGAGGCAGCCAACACUCUUCUCCAUAUACUCCACUUCUUUGAGAUUGCUUCUGGUCAGAAAGUCAAUGCAUCAAAGUCUAACGUCUUCUUCAGUCCAAAUACAAGCUCCUCUGCUCGUGAUAGUAUCUGUAGCAUUCUGGGCAUGGUUGAAGCUUCUGAAGGUAGCCAUUAUUUAGGCCUUUUCAAUAUCAUUGGCCGAAAUAAAAAUGCUAUUAUGGGGUUCCUCAAAAAUAAGGUUAUCAAUCGGCUGAACACUUGGCACGACAAGUUUCUUUCUAGAGCGGGCAAGGAAAUUCUUCUCAAAACGGUAAUUCAAUCUCUCCCUACUUAUGCCAUGAGCGUGUUUCUAAUUCCUAGUGGUACUAUUGAUGAGAUUGAAAAACUUAUGGCUCGGUUCUGGUGGAAAACAAGCUCAAGCAAAUGGAAUGGAAUUAUAUGGAUGUCAUGGGAGAGAAUGGCUACUCACAAACACAAUGGGGGAAUGGGCUUUCGACAUUUAAGUGACUUCAACCUUGCUAUGCUUGCUAAACAAGGGUGGAGACUCUUAUGUAACCCAAACUCUCUUGCUAGCCGGGUUUAUAAAGCAAAAUAUUUCCCUAAUUCCGACUUCCUACGAGCGGAUCUUGGAUCCAACCCCAGCUUUAUUUGGCGCAGUAUCUGGAGCGCCCAAAAGCUCAUCAAAUUAGGAGCUCGACGCACUAUCCGAACUGGUAUACACACUAGCAUCCUUGACCAUCCAUGGCUCCCCGACAAGGACAAUCUGUAUGUCACGACAACCAAUCCUGGGCUCUCAAACCAGUCAGUUUCUGCUCUUUUAUCGAUUGAUUCCUGCAGCUGGGAUCAUGAUCUUGUCACUGAUAUGUUUAACCAUCGAGAUGCUCCAUUGAUCCUCGGUCCCCCGCUGAGUUCUAGUAAUCUUGACGAUGACUGCUGGUAUUGGACAGGCGAAUCAAAUGGGAGUUUUAGUGUUAGCAGUGCGUACUCUCUUUUGCAGCAAAGUAAGCACCCUCGGCCAGCGGCUAACAACUUUGGAUUUUGGAAAGAGUUGUGGCAGCUGAAAAUACCUCCAAAGGUUAAGACUAUGUUGUGGCGUGCCGUCACAAACUGCCUCCCCACAUGCCUAAACCUUGUCAUCAAACAUGUGAAUGUCUCUGUCCUUUGUCCCAUGUGUGAUGGCCAACCCGAAAACACUUCUCAUGCUUUGAUUGAGUGCCCACUAGCUGCUGCAUGCUAG